AUGCCACAAUUUUAUGACCUACCGCUAUCUUUUGACAGUCUGAGUGAGUCCUCGAAAGAACUGCUCUGUAGAGUGCCGGACUACCCACUGGACUACAACCUGUUCAUAUUCAAGGGGAUCCACAAAGUGAGGCCGCAGAUGAAAGCUGAUCUUUGCGAAUUCCGAGUCCAGGCUGCAGAGAAUACUCCGAGGGGGGACAAUGCCGACAAAGCUGUGCAUUUGGGGAUACUGAAACCAGCUGAUAAGGAUGCGGACGCGAACGACUACGAGCUGGAACUCACCACAACCUCGAAGCUCCAGGACAGAUUGAUGAAGAUUCUGAUUCUGGAGAGACACAGAAGAGAUAUCGCCAUGUUGAACAGGGUUCUGGAACAGGAGAACAAAAGCAUCACUCCAAUUGCACUUACUGAUCCCCUGGUGUACAAAAUCAAGUCUCCGUUAUUCGCCACAUUAUGGAGCCAGCAUUACGAUAAUCACGAGCAAAGUUUCAAGAAGUUUGCGAUACUACAGAACCUGGAGUACGAGUUUGAAAGAGAUCUCAGUGAAAACCCCGAGGUUAACGAUGUCACCGAUGACGACUCGUUGAUCCGCCUGUUCUGCGACUCCAAGGAUGUGAUGGAGUUUGACAUAAAGGACCAAAUUGACCAGGAUCUGUUGGACAAACAAGUUUUGGACGAUUCUAAAAUUGUUCAGAUCAUGAUUCCGUUAGCUGCACAGGCAAUUCUGAUGGGUGUGUCAUUUUGA